UUGUGUAAAUUGUGAGCGCAGGCUUUGGCCACUUGAUGCCCACUCAUUGAGGCUUUCGCAUUCCGCCGGUGACUCCUUGGACGUCGCCGUGGCUCCAGGAAGGGACGUGACUUUGGAUACUAGGCGUUUAACGACGAUGUGAAGAUCUGACGAGGGUCCCAGGUGGGCUGGAGCUAAUCCCUGCUAUCUCUGGGCGAGAGCCAAGUUACACUCUAAAAUGGUCGCCAACCAGUUGCAAGGGACAUAUCAACAAACAACCAUCUGCAGAUCCAUCCAUCCAUCCAUCCAUUUUCUGAGCCACGUAUCCUCAGAAUGGUCACGGGAGUGCUGUAGCCUAUCCCAGCUGUCAACGGGCAGGAGAGUCUGAAGUUCUCCUCUCAGGGAAAGUCAUCCAAAGCCUUUCUAUGAACACAGGCCUGCCUGUAAUCACUCAUCCAUAUCAUUCCUGUUUUGUUUCCACCCCUUUCGCCCUACAUCAUGAAAGGCCUCUCGAGUAGCCGGAGUCACCAUCAUGUGAUGUCCUAUGAGCCAUCAUAUGAGCCACUUGUUCAGCAUGUUGACCGCAAGCCAUACUUGAUUAGUCAGAUUGACAUGCCACUACCUAUUGCUGUGCCACAUCCAAAUGAGCUGUCCUACUACAAUGCCCAGCGCACAUCGUACCCCUCAGACAGUAACAGCAUUGUCCCAUACGGAACCUUUCCUAGACGAUGCCAUUCCACCUCCUCAUCUCACCAUCCUGAGGUAAAGGAUGAGUGUAUGGCUAUGGUACCAUAUGUAGGAGGAGGGGGAGCAGUAGGUGGUGGAGGCUAUGGAGGUAAAACACCCACCCGGGCACCAGCAAACUUUGCAGACCCAUUUGAGCAUCAGCCAUCUUUCUCCAGAGAUGGUUACCAUACACUGCAAUAUAAACGAGGAAUGUUGGCCCAGAGUGGGGGCAUCGGGUCCAACGUCAACAAUGACAGCCCAGGGCGGAUUCGCCACCUGGUCCACUCAGUCCAGAAACUGUUCACAAAGUCACAUUCACUGGAGGGCCCACAUCACACACAGUCUGUUAAAGGGGCCAAUAAUGGGAGUGUUAAUGGUGGUGUUGGUGGUGGAGGAGGUGGUGGUGGUGGUUCAAGGGCAAGUCCAGAGGGUGAUGUGCCACUGAUGGGAGUCGGCCAAAGGAAGCGCAGCAAGAGUCGUGAGCGCUGUCGAUCAGCGGAGCCCAAACAUCGAAGCCACCACCAUCAUCACCACCAGCUUCAUGACUCAGCAUCUGCACCAGGCUCUGGAUAUUGGAGCUCAGAUGAUAACCUGGAACGGGAGCUGUGUCUCUACCACCCUCACCACCACCAACCACCACCCUCACCUUCACCGUCCAUUUCCCCUUCACAAAUAGCAAUGACAAUGGGUCGGUACCCUGGCAACAACCCUGACAAGUUUCCCCAGUCACAAAAAUACUUUAUGAUGGACCCUUAUGGCACAAUAAGUGAGCACGCAGACAACUAUGCACAUCAUGGCCACACACACCACCAUUCCGCACUCAGAGCCUCACGGAGCAACAACGAUGUCAAGUAUGCAGCGCCAUCCUCUUGUGUGCCAAUUAGGGGUAGCAGCAAUAACAUCGGUGGCAGUAUCGGUGGAGGAAGUGGUCCCUUGCUGUCUCUGGGUCUUGUGGAUGUGCCCCUUGUGAAGAAAGGGACAUGGUCGUCGAGCUUAACGGUGAGCAGGGCCCGAGAGGUCUACACCAACAACAGCAGUCACAACCAGCUCCGAGCCAGCACAGGAUCUGGUAUCCUAAACCUAGAUAGAGCUCUAGUCAAAUCUAAGGGCAGUCAGCAAAAGGAGAGCACUUGCCAUUUCCUACAGGUACCUCAGGAUGAAUGGAGCACUUUCUCUCCUUUGGGGAAGGAGGAUGACAUUCCUUGUCGAAGGAUGAGGAGUGGCAGCUAUGUGAAAGCCAUGGCUGAAGAUGACAGCGGCGACUCAGACGGGAGUCCUAAACCUUCCCCCAAGAUACAGGCACGACGCGCCAGCUACUUGAAAGCCACUCAGCCAUCGCUGACUGAGAUGACCACUCUACAGAUUUCAUCAGAACAUUCCCCAAAGCUACAGAUCAGGAGCCACAGCUACCUGCGUGCGGUGAGUGAGGUUUCAAUCAAUAGAAGCCUGGACACCCUGGACCCCAAAACCCUUCUCGACCCCAAAUCGUUGCUCUCCUCACCCCAAUACCGCUCACGCAAUGAAAGCUACAUGAGGGCCAUGAGCACCAUCAGUCAGUUGAGUGAAGUUGAGGUGAAUGGGCAGAUUGAGCAGGUAUGUGAGCAGGUCUACAGCGAAAUGCAGGCUCAAGCCAUGGAGGCUGCCAUGGACAGGAUGGAAAGAUUGGAUACCAUGGAUACUUUGCCAAUGCCAGGAUGUUUCAGAAUGAGGAGCCACAGCUAUGUGAGAGCAAUUGAUCAGGGCUGUGCUGGGGAGGAAGAGGGAGAAGGAGGAAGACCACUGCUCCUGUUGCCAUCCUCUCCACCACGGACAUCUGCCACGACUGUCAGGACCAUCCAGAGCAGCGCAGUUUCAUCAUGUAUCACAACAUAUAAGAAAACUCCUCCACCAGUGCCACCGCGAACCUCCACGUGUUCGGCGGCCUCCAAGCCCUACAUCUCGAUCACAGCACAGAGCAGCACAGAGUCUGCACAGGAUGCUUACAUGGAAGAAGAGGGACCAAGAGGUGACAUGACGAUCCAGUCCGGGCUCAGUAACUCAACUGAAAGCAUUGACAGCAUGAAGGCGUUGACUGCUGCCAUUGAGGCUGCAAAUGCCCAGAUACAUGGACCAGCCAGUCAGCAUGUCAGUAACAGCACUGUGACAAUCAAUACCUCUGCACAGUCAGUCUUGAGCAGAGGUCUGAUUGUUGAAGACUACCAUGAUGAAUACAGGAAUGAGGAACUCAGGAAGGACAAUUGUCUCUCCAUAGGUAUCCAGGUGGAUGGACCAGAGGAAACUCCGGACCCUGAGGACCCGUCUAAGUUCACCUCUGUUGGUGUGCAAGUGGAGGAUGACAGACGGUAUUGUCGCAUCCAACGCUCCAACAGUGUGACAGCAGCUGUACAAGCAGAUUUGGACUUGCCGGGCCUCCUUGACACUCCUCUUGACUCUCCUGAUGCGGAUUUAGAAGUCUUGUCAUCUGGAGUCCUUUCUCGUCGAUACUCCCGCGAUGCUGCCACGUCAACCGUCAGCAUCCAGGGCUCAGGGAACCACUACCAUGCCUGUGCCUCUGAUGAGUAUGAGGAUGUAGGCUUUGAUCCAUCCAUUCUUCCCCCUCCAGACCCUUGGAUAGAUAGCAUCAGUGAUGACUCACCUAAUGUCAACUUCAACAGCUCAGCUAUUUUAGAGGUGGUUCAAAGGACAGUGUGUCAGCGAGAUGGCCAAUGGUUCCUGAAACUGCUACAAGCUGAGACUGAUCGCAUGGAGGGCUGGUGUCAACAGAUGGAGAUGGACCAACAACAUAAUGACCUUCCGGAGGAUGUUCUGGGAAAGAUGAGGAGUGCCAUCGGAAGUGCUCAGCUAUUGAUGUCACAAAAGUUUCAACAGUUCAGAGAACUUUGUGAGGAGAAUUUAAACCCUCAUGCCCACCCACGGCCUGUAGCCUCCGACUUGGCUGGUUUUUGGGACAUGCUCCAAUUGUCCAUUGAGAACAUUAGCCUCAAGUUUGAUGAGCUUCACCAACUCCGAGCCAACAAUUGGAGACCCCUAGACCCACCUGAGAGAAAGUGAAGGCGCUUGCAAACAGCCACGCAUCAAUCACCACAAGAAACACCACAAGGCCUUAACUUCUCUGGGCCUACCUUGAUCCAUCAUAUGUGUCCAUGCAUCCAUCUACCCACAAUACUCUCUUCCCCUCUUUUCUUUCUUCUGACACCCGUUGCUGCCUCAUCAUGUGUGGCUUUCUGUUCUGUGCGUUUUGGCAGUUAGUGUCAAGGUCAAUGGAUACAGGAGGGUUUGGCAUCAAUGCAUUUUACAGUCAGGGGAUAAUAAUACUCCACAAUUUCAUUCAAAUAAGUCACUGUCCUUAAUAAAGCACCUUGUAUUUUUAAAAUAAAAAAAUGUAUAUUUACAGCAGGGAUUUUCAAAACUUAAUACACCAAAUACCAACAAAAAAAAAAUACUUAUACAAGUAUUACUACUACUAUCAUGACUCACAUUAAAAUUCAGCAUGACAGUAAGCCCUAGUGUUAACCAAAACCAAGACAGGGGAUUUAUUCCUGAAAUGUAAAUUAAAUAUUGUUGUAAGCCAGUAGUAAUAUUGUGCACAGUUUGAAAGUUAACGCUGUGCACAGUUAAAAAUAAAAUUGUUCUUAAAUAGUUAUUUUAAUACUAAAAAAAUUAAACACAAAUUGUAUUAAAAAUCUUUACAAACAAAGUACGAUAAAAUGCGAAUAUAUUGUACAGAUACUAAAACCUGUGCUUGGGCUGCGAUUCUUAUGCACACCACUAGAGGAAGUCCGUUUACCACUAGUACAAGGACAACAGAAUAAUGCUCAACAGUCUACAGUUAAUAUUACCAUGGCAGAAUGCAUAAGGCUUAAAAAAUGUUUUAGAACAUUAUUAUUGUUAUUAUUAUUAUUUAUUAUCACAUAUAGUGGCUAAGAAACCUGAUCAUGGUGACAAGAAAAAUGUUUUUAAAAAUAGGUAAUUCAAACUUUUAUUACUAAUACUAUUACUUGACCUUGUUUGUUUUAAUACAUUCGAGACAAAGCUAUGAUUCCAAAAUAACAAAGAUUCAGGUGUUUGGAGAAAAAUAAAUAUUGGCUAUAAGGCAUAACAAAAUGCUCUCACAAUUUUAUUGAUCAUUUUUGGUCAAAUUAAUCCAAAAACCUACCUCAGUCGUCACAAGACAAUAGUAUGUUUUCAGUACACAUCACAAGUAGUCCAUCUCUAUUUGUUCAAAUGAUCUUCCCUCCCCUUGCUACCGCCCUCUCCCACCAGGAGAGACGGCUUCCGCCUCCAGUACCCAAAAAGCCCCCCAAGGCCCCACACCACCACCCCCCUCUGGCAAGAGAUCGCUCGCUGGAGAGUACUGAGAAACAGCGACAGGAGGCCAGGAAGCGCCUGAUAGCCGCAAAGAGAGCUGCAUCUGUGCGACAAAACUCUGCUACAGAGAGUGCUGACAGCAUUGAGAUCUACAUCCCUGAGGCGCAGACAAGGCUAUGAGGACAUUACUCAGCAGUACAGUACCUACAGUAUGUCACAUAAAACAUCACAUUGUUCACUUCUUACUGGCAGUUGUUAAAUACAGAGGCAGCAGGGUUUUUUUUAAGAUAUGUCCGAACUUCAACAAUACAGUACGUCUCUGGGGCCAUAAGUGUCGUCUAUGAAUUUAUUAUAUAUAAAGCCAUGAGGGAUAUGCCACACUGGACCAGUGCACUACUUUUAUUUUCACUGAUGAAGAAGAAAUCGUACCAACAUUGCACAACAUACAGACUUUUGAGUGGUAAUAUGGUUAAGCAAAGUGUUUACACUGACACUCAACACCCAUCCCCUGGAGAGUAUAUUUUCUAACAACCUCCAACAUUUGUUUAGCACUAUAAUUAUGUAUAUAAUUAUUGAUGUAGUUAUCAUAAGGUUGUUAUAAAAUCCUGCAAAAUACUCUUGCAAAAGUCUUUCCCUCUUUACAAGCAUUAUUGUGAAAUGAAAAGGUCAGAAAUACUGUGAUACACAUCACAAAGUUUUAAUAAUGGAGAGAUCAAAGGAAAUGAAAUGGUAUGUGCACUUGAAUCAAUCGUGUUCUCUUAUCGCAUGCUCGUUAGCUUCAGCCAUUCAAAAAAAUCUCAACUACUAGGUAAAAAUGGGGAUUUCAUCUGACAUGGCUAUAGCGUUGUGGCCAGUCAGUCCAAAGUACAGCUUUAUCAAUAUUGGUUGACAAUCAUGUUUAUUUAUGAUUUUUUUCAUUUUUUAUUCAUUUAGUCAUUUAUUCUGGAGCUAAAUAGCAUAACUUCACAAAAAAAAUGACAAACAGUCAUGAGUCCUUGCGCCACCCACUUCAGAUGUGUGUGAGUCUUGCGAUGUUACUCAUCUGGUUUGAAAGAUAAGGUGGAGGCAUAGUCGUGUGUGUGUAAUGUUUCCAAAUAUUCAUCAAAUGAGACAAAUGCUAGAGCACACAUAUAUUUUUUUGGUUUUAGCACUAAAUUUUAAAAAUGUAUUCAAUAUUAUGCGUGUACAAAAAUCUUUUGUUGUAUAUCCCAUCAACCUUUUCUCAGAAUAAACUAAAAAGUAUUGGAAAAGAG